AUGGAUAUCAAGCAAAUUGUUAACACGAAGGGGAAAGGAGCUGCAGCGGCAGCAGCAAUAAAUGGUGCGCCUCAAGACUUGCACGUUCUUCAUUCAAUCCAUCAGGCCAACGGCAUGUCAAUGUCGGACACGGGAUCAGAGCGAGGAAAUUCACCUCAUGAUUCCGAACAUUCACGAUAUUCGGCACCUCGAUAUGGCUUGAAUGGAAUGAAUGGGCCCCCUAAUACUAUGCGGUAUCCUUCGCCGACGGCCAUGCAAAAUCCAUUGCCCAUGAUGCAGCAACCUUAUGCACCAAAUCCCAACUUCGACAACGGUAUGAUGUCGCAGGAAAACGUACGACGUCAAACUGCUGGAGACGGUGCCCCUAAAGCUUUCCCCUGUACUACUUGCGGUAAAGGGUUCGCUCGAAGGAGUGAUCUUGCACGACAUGAACGGAUACACACUGGCGUUCGACCACAUGUGUGUGAACAUCCUGGUUGUGGAAAGCAAUUCAUCCAACGGUCCGCUCUAACAGUUCAUAUGAGAGUGCACACUGGGGAGAAGCCCCAUAUGUGCGAACGUUGUGGAAAGCCCUUUAGUGACUCCAGCUCUCUCGCACGACACAGAAGGAUACACUCAGGCAAGAGGCCUUACAAAUGCCCCUAUGCAGAUUGUCAGAAGACCUUCACACGCCGCACAACCUUGACUCGUCAUCAAAACCACCAUACUGGAACCGUCGAAGAAGCUGCUGCUGCGACUGCCGCUGCUUUAGCCACCCGAAGCACUCACCCUGUGCGCCAACGUUCAGAAGGAGGGGAGUAUUCGAAUACGGGGUCUCCAAUGUCAACGCCUUCACCCCUGCAACGCCAUCACUCUGCAUCCCCGCACUCUGAACUUCCGCCAAUGGGCCAUAUGCCUCGACAUCCAGCUGAAUAUCAAUACAUGAACAACAGUUCGUUGCCAACCCACUUGCGUGGCGAUUACCAUAUGCAGGGUCAACCACAACCCACCACCGCGCCGUAUGCAAACACUAUGCGACCCACCUCCCAUCCUGCGGGUUUUGGCCCACCUUCUAUCAUGGAGCCGUCAGCCAAUCCAGAACACCGUCAGGGAGGAAGCGUAACUGGUAGUCCUCAUAUGAGCGCCGCUGGUUGGGCCUCGCCGGCACAAAGUAUGCCAUCCCCUUCCCAGAGCAAUGGUUACGUCUACCCCGACCCAGAUCCAUAUGGAUCCGCCGCUGCUAUGGGUCAGAUGUAUUACCCCAACUCCAACAUGAGGAGACCCCAGAGCACCGAGCCUGAUGGAUACGAUAUCAAGCCGAGAAUGAACGAGAUGUGGACUGCGGCACAAUAG